GUAGAAACAAAAGAACACAAGAGACAAAAAAAGGAAAAAAAGCAAAGUCACGGAGCAAGAAAAGUACACAACAGUAAGUGCAAAAGGCUAACCAUCUUACACUAAAAGAACUAGAGAGACUAGCAUAGAGUCCCAGAAGCUACCCAACUACCCUCGUCUAUCUAAGGUCAUAUCCUCAGUUAGGGCUAAACAACCUAGAUCUUGUCUGAUCACCUCCUUCCAACUCUUGUUAGGCCUACCUCUACCUCCACCUCCUCUACAUUUAACUCGGCAUUGCUCUAUAAUAUUUACAUAUUUUAAAUAAAACUAAGCCAAAAGUUCUUUUAAGUUUCUAAAAUAGAAUUUGAGUGUGAUAAAAGUUUCUUUUAGAACUAAGCAACUAAAAAAAAGAGUUGGGUAUCACAUGAAUAGUUAUAGGGAAAGGUAAAGUGCGACAGUGGGAAUAUUAUAAAUGUCUGGCAUAAUGUGUUGAUUACUUUUCAGCAAUGCCAUUUACUUGAACAUAAAGGAAUUGAAACAUUCUUAACUUAUUACAUUGUCCCAAAAUGAAUUUACUUCAUUUGUUGAAAAGUAAAACUGUAUGGUUGAAAUUUGUCUAGAAGGGGGAGUAACGUUGUGAGCCACACAUUUCUUUCCUCAAUAGGAAACUGAGAAAGUGCAAACUUCAAUUUGGGACAUCCGAAAAAGGAAAGUGUGAACUUCAUUUUGGGUUAGAGGGGGUAUUAUUGAUGGUUGGCUGGUUUGGUCUGUUUUUUAUCUCUUAUGCGGGCGUGCGGGCAUGUGUAAUGACUGUAAUCAUUGGUGCCUUGCAUAGUCUAUUUUAAUAUUGUCUGCUUGAACAGUUAGAAACAGUUUGUAUUUGCUCUUCUGGUAGGUUGUACUUCAGUUGAUGAGACCGGAGGUCGCAUUUACAUUUCUGACAGUAAUCAUAACCGGAUCAUUGUGAUUGAUGCUCAUGGAGGAAUUCUAGACUCGAUUGGUUCCUCUCCUGGUUUUGAAGAUGGAGACUUUGAAAACGCAAAGUUUAUGCGUCCUGCAGCAUCACUUUAUCAUGCUGAUGAAGAUUGCCUGUACAUUGUGGACUCAGAGAACCAUGCCAUCAGGAGAGCUGAUAUGGGGAAGAGAAUUGUAGAGACACUGUAUCCUGCAACAAACUCGAAUAAGGAUUCCAAUAGCUUAUGGAGCUGGAUUUUGGGCAAGCUUUCGAGAAAGAAGGAGCCUGAUGCUAAAUCUGAUGAAUGUUCACCAAAUUCGUUGCUUUUCCCUUGGCAUAUGUUAAAAUGCCAAAACACUCUCUUUGUUCUUAAUUGCAACUUGCAGACGUUAUGGGUCAUGGACUUUCACUCUGGGACCCUCAAAGAAAUUGUGAAAGGAUUCUCAAAUAUAAUGGAGAUCUGUGGGCAUUUAAUUCUGGAGAAGUCAAAUAUUCUAAAACAAGUGCCGGGUGAUUUGUUGAAGCGGCUAAUGGACAAUAAUAUCUCGUUGGAGGGAGUUCCAUAUGCUGGUCUAAUGUCUUCUAUUGCAACUUUUCAAGAUGAUAUGAUCAUUUGCAAUCCAGUUGGUCAGGAGGUUUUAAAAUUUGAUAGGAAAUCCGGGACUUCAUCAACCAUCAAGUUCUCAAAUUUUAGUGUCUUGGGCCUUCCUUAUUGGGUCCCAUUCCCUCUGGAGCAAGUUUGUGCUACGCAUGACACACUCUCAGAACUUAAUGUUGAUCACACUGAAAAUUUUGCCUUGCUCCCAGGCAGAGUUGAUAUACAAAUGAGUAUCGAGAUACCCAAGUCAUUUGAUCUUGUAGAACCCUUGAGUGAAAGCUGCAUUUGGCGCCAAGCUAGAGGAGCAGCGACAGUAGUCUCUGAAGCAGAGAGCAGUUCUACUUCCGAAAAGGUAUACACCGCCCAACAAUGGUAUGAUGAACUUGACCACCAUACCUUUUGGGCACCAGAAACAGAAGACGACGAAAGACAAAACUCUCCCACUGAAUCUAGCACAGACGUAGUGCUUAGCUCGGGUCCUUCUCAAGCCGUCACUCCUGAAGGGACAGUUUGCAUUGGUUGCUGUGUCAACACCAGCCCUGGGACAAGUGAGAUCAUCAUCUCAGCUGCACUGUAUUUGAAACUGAGAAAGAGCGGAGAUGCCGAAAGUUUGGAGCAGAAGGCCGCCAUGAUAGUGGACAAUAUUGACCCUGGCAAAAGGGGAAACAAAGAAAUGCUUGUUUCAUAUCUUUUGGCAACACAGAGAGAUUUGGAAAGCCUCAUUGUGAGCAGACCUCUACAUGUGGCGCUCAAGUUUGAGUGCCCAAUCCACCCAACGUCUGAAGAUAAUUCCAAAGAGGUUGUGGUAACUCACUCUUCUCUAAAGCUCAAUGUUUCUCUUUGAACCCAUAGUCUCCUUUUAAGGGAGGUAUGUUUCAUUCUUCUGGUUGGACCUUGCCAAGUUUGACUUUUUGGUCAAAUAUUAUUAAUUUUGAAAAAUAUUUUUAGUUGACAUGUUUUAGUGGAGGCGUGAAAGUUGGAAAUUUUGCACAUUUUAUGAAUGUCUUCGUGCUGAAGAACAUUUAUACCAUUCAUAUAUUGUAAAUUACUCCAUGAUAUUUAUUAAAAUGUAUUUUUUGGCAAAAUUAAAUAUAUUUGACUAAAAAGACAACAUCGUG